UCCUCCUCGAUGCUGCCUCCGUGAACAGACCGCAAUCUUCCAAGAAGGAUCCCCGGUUGCUUUUUAUUCUAACUAUCUACAGGACGUCGGCCUGCCAAUCCGACACAGUGUACGGAGUAUUUUGACUGUGUCUUGAAAAUCGUCGCGGAACUAUUUUUUUGCGGGGUUCGGUCUACAAAGCUUUUUUUUUUCUGGUUGCUUGGAGACACAAAAAAGAAAACGUUCAGCGGUUCGGAAGUCAGCGUUUUGAGAGGUUGCGAGGAGUCUUGUUUUGGGGAGACACACGAGGAGUCCAUCUCCUUCACGACUACGUCUGAUUUUAAUCGCUUGGGAUACUGACCACAGUCCCAAGCACUAGUUGCUGGCUGUUGUUCGCUCCGGAAGAGUCGGAGGACGUGGCAAGGACAGAGUCUUUGCCGGGGUAGACACACGGGGAAGAAGGGCACAAACUGCUUACGCGGCAUAAGCUCACUACCGCACCCUCUUACCAAAGUCCAUCAGACAUGCAGCCCCCCAGCAACAUGGCCAAGGGGUUCGACACCAUCGAAUCCACCAUCGAAGCCUUCCGCAACGGCGAGUUCAUCGUGGUGCUCGACUCUCAAGACCGUGAGAAUGAAGGUGACCUGAUCAUCGCCGCCGAGGACGUCACCACCGAGAAGAUGGCCUUCAUGGUUCGCUACACCAGUGGACUCAUCUGUGCCCCCAUCACCUCCCAACUCGCUGCUGGAUUGGCCCUCCCGCAGAUGGUGGUGGACAAUGAAGAUCCCAACCGCACGGCCUAUACCAUCUCGAUUGACUCGAAUGACGAGAGCGUCAGCACCGGCAUCUCGGCCCAUGAUCGCGCCUUGACCUGCCGCACCCUCGCCAGCAAGAAAGCCACCGUCGACAGCUUCCGCCGACCUGGCCACGUCUUCCCACUCCGUGCUAGGGACGGAGGUGUGUUGGAGCGAACGGGCCACACCGAAGCAGCGGUCGAAUUCUGUCGCCUGGCGGGCAAGGCCAAAGUCGGGGUCAUCUGCGAGAUGGUUGACGACGGAGAGCCGGUCCUCGGACAGACGGCCAUGCGCGAACCCGGCAUGAUGAGGCGCGAUGCUUGUCUGGAGUUUGGCCGCAAGUGGGGACUCAAGGUUUGUACGAUCGAAGACCUGGUCGACUAUGUGCAGAAGGAGAAGAUGGUGAGGAAUGGCCAUGGGCACGUCACGAACGGGGUUAAUGGGUACCAUUGACGAGGGUCGAAUGAUGAGUCGAGCGGAUUGCUAGACAUGACUGAAGAUUGCGUACAAUGCAGUGAAGUUACUGAAUGAUGAAAUGAAACUUGAAUGUCCUGGUAG